AUGUUAGUGUCGCUGACUUUCGCGCUACUGUCACUCAAUCUCUUUUACGCCCAAGAGAUUGCCGAGGCGAUGUGCUACCAGCCUACGUACAACACAAUGUGGUUAGGAGUUGUAGUGUUCAUGGUGGGAAUAGUUGGAAACUUCUACCACCACUGCAUACUUGCCCGGAUACGAAACUCGGCCGAGGGGCUUGCUGCGACGGCCCGACGGGACAGCAUCACCACCAAGAAGUACAUUGUUCCACACGGAGGAUUGUUCGACAAGGUGGCAUGCCCGCAGUACCUGUUCGAAAUAGGCACCUUCAUUGGGAUUUCAAUGAUCAGCCAAACAACAAUGUCUCUUGCCUGUGCGGUGUUCGUCAUGCUCUACCUCACUGCAAGGAGCUUCUCCACCCGGGACUGGUAUGUUCAGAAGUUGGAAGGCUUUCCAAAGACUCGGAAGGCUCUUAUUCCCAACGUUCUUUAA